UAUAUCUUGCCAGAGUUUGAUUCAGAACUUGUCGGCAGACGAAUCUCAUCGGAUCUACCACAGAAUCUUAAAACACCUGACUGUGAAUCGAAAUAUCGAAAAUAGAAUGGGAGUGCGUGUGUUUCUCGUGGUUUUAGGGCUUCUCGUUGUUACAGUCAAUUCCCAGAGAAGUACCAUUCAAUGCAAAAAAGAAAAUGGACUCUUCAUGCACGAUCAGUACUGUGAUUAUUACUACGAGUGCGAAGAUGGAAUUCCUAAAGAAAAGGCUUGCCCAAAUGGCUUAGCUUUCUCUGGAAAAGGCAGAGGUUUAAUGCAGAAUUGUGAUUACCCACACAGGGUGGGAUGUCCAGACAAUGAGGGCCGAGUUAUGGGACAAGCACCCAUCGGCACAGAUAACUGUCCUUGGUUGUACGGAGUAUAUGCACAUCAGACAAGCUGUACUCGUUACUGGCAGUGUUGGAACGGAACAGCCACAAUUCAACAAUGUCCUUUCUCUCUCUUGUACAACGACAUCAUUCACUCAUGUGACUGGCCCGACAAUGUUCCCGAUUGCCAGAAGCACCCUAUCUGCAAGGAUCAACCUAACGGUCACAUUCCCAUUGACAAAUCAUGCGGCCGAUUUUGGCUGUGCGUCGGAGGCUACCCAAGACUUCAGAGGUGUCCAGCUGGCCUGGCCUUCAGCCAAACUGCCUUGCGAUGCGAACUUUCACAAAACGUUCCUGGAUGCGAGCCACCACCAACUACCGCAGCUCCUGAUGAUGAAGACGAUUCUAAAAUAGUUGGAAACCAAGUCCAAGGUGUUGAUGCUCCCCCACCUCGUCGUCCAAAUGCUCGUCCUUCAGGACAAUACAGAGCACAGAACGGAAAAUAAGCAAAAAAAAAUCAUAAGAAAUUUUUGAAUUCAAAUGUCUCAUCAGACAUUUUUUCAGACUGUGAAGGAAUCUUCAAAAUUUAAUCUUUUAUUGGUAUGCAAACUGCUGCCAGUGCCAAACACAAAUUUUAAAAGAAAAAAUCUUUUGGGAAAGGUAAAAUAUUAUUUUCUGUGUAAAUCCGUUGUCAUAAAUGGAUGUUUUCCUUGAAUGUUAUAUAUGUCCAUUGAUUUUUCGAAAAAUCUGUUCCGAAACUUUUAGAGAAGUAGGUUAUUUAAAACGUCUAUUGCUUGUUAUUGCCAAAUAAAUGCAGUUUUGCUGUAGUAUUUAAAAAAUAUUCGAAUAUGGACCCAAAUUACAAAUCUGUAAUAUUGAAUACCUUACAUUUUUACUUAACGUUUUUAAUAUUUAUUUCAUCACAACGUUUUAAAUCAUCCUAAAAGAGUUUUGUCUCCUUUUUUUUAUAAGUAAUCUUCAUCGAAUGAAGUUAUUUAUCACGAUCAUUUCCUCUAAUAUGUAUAUAUGUUCCCACAAGUGUUACAACUCUGUGUUACCUCUCAUCAGUUUUUUUGAUGAGAAUAUCUCUAAUAAAUUUGAAUAAACUAUUUUUUUCAAUCGACAGGUGCGAUGUAAAACACUUCCCCCAUUUUCUAUUGAAUGGAGUUAUGAAUAGGUGAUGGGAUGAAAUGUAGAUGUAAAUCUGUGGUUUUACGGUUUUUUAAAGAAAGGGAGAAAUCUUAAACUCAUUUAAAUCCUCAAAGAAUUUAAAACUAGCUGAAGUAAUUUUACGUGACAUAAUAGUAUUAGAAAAAGAUGUUCAUAAAACUCAAAUAAAUAUUUUUUGCACAUAAUUUACACAAAUUCCGAAGCUAUUAUCUACCUCUGCACUGGAUAUUUUCACUUUUAAAAUCAGCUGCGGUUUUUCUAUGUAUAUAGAUUUUUUCAAUAAAAGUGUUUUUUUAAUAAUGA